GGUGUCAUCAAGGUGUUGCGGCUAUGGAGGAAGAUCAUCAUGGUGUCAACGCCGAUCCUCUUGCUACCCUUGCUUUUCGUCUCCGACUCGGUGAAAUUCCGGUGCGCCUACGUCGUGGCUGUCAUCGCCGUGUACUGGAUCGUGGAGCCGAUUCCCAUCGGUGCCACGUCGCUCAUUCCCGUCGUGCUGCUUCCCAUGCUGGGAGUCCUGUCCACCGAGAAGACAUGCCUGCUUUAUAUGAACGAGAUGAUUGUAACGUUUUUGGGAACCCUCAUCAUGGCCAUCGCUAUCGAGGAGUCCUGCCUUCAUCAGCGGAUUGCAUUAGGCGCCCUCUGCCUUCUCGGCACUGGAGUAAAAAUGCUUGUUUUCGGGCUGAUGGCCAUCUCCAUGUUCCUCUCCAUGUGGAUCAACAACAUAGCCAUCACUGCCAUGAUGAUGCCUGUUGUCGACUCACUGUCCCAGGAACUUCUCAGUUAUUGCAAAGACGACCAUGACGAAGAACGGGACACUGAACUUGACAGUUUGACUGGGGUGACCCCUGAAGAUCCGGAGAAGGGAAACGGUUGUGCAAAUGGCCUGGUUUAUCUCAACGGGUAUGCAGGGGAAAAGACUGCGUUAGGUCCUGGAAAAAAGACAGCUCGUGCCGACCAGAAGUCGCCUUCCGAUGACCUGAAGAAGCGGAUUCGAGUGUUGCUGUACCUGAGCGUAACGUACGGCGCCAACACAGGAGCCAUUACUACCAUCACAAGCGCCGGAUCAAACAUCUGCUUUCAAUUCGUCAUCAACGACGAGUACGAAGGCCGAGCCCCAGUGGACUACGCAACGUGGCUCUUCUUCGCCCUCCCCAUCACCCUCGUGGGCACGGUCCUCAUCUUUCUGCUCGUGGUGCCCGUGUUCUUCCGCUGCAGGAGGCCAGAAAUUGACGAAGAUGGCGGCGUUUCGGCGAUGAACGUAAUUCGCCGUAACUACGCGUCCCUCGGUCCUAUCAGGUUCCACGAGGUGGCGGUGCUGCUACUUUUCACGUUGUUGGUGUUCUUGUGGCUGUUCCGCGACCCCAUGUUCGCCCGGGGCUGGGCAACUUUCUUCAGCAUCACAAAGCCGAAAGACGCCACGGCAGUCAUGAUCGCCGUCGUGCUGCUUUUCAUUAUUCCGGCUGAGCCGAAGAACCUGACCUCAAGUCCCGGUCUGGUCACCUGGAAGGCUGUGCAGGCAAAGCUGCAAUGGAGCGUCAUCUUACUCAUCGGGAGCGGUUUUGCCAUUGCCGAGGCCAUGCGGGUGUCCGGUUUAUCUCAUUUGAUAGGGCAACAUCUGGGGAGGCUAGCGCACCUCUCCCCCGGUCUGCUCAUGGCGGCCCUGUCCAUAUUUUGCUCCUUCAUGACGGAGCUCAUCAGCAAUGCGGGAACCGUCACCGUACUUCUACCUGUGUUUGCCGCAAUGGCAGAGGAACUCAAAAUAAACCCACUCCUAUUUAUGAUUCCGGCGACAAUCACGAGCAAUUUUGCUUUUUUGCUUCCGGUUGGGACUCCAGCCAACGCUAUUGUGUACGAACACGCUCGUCUCAAGCUGUCUGAUAUGGUUCUUCCAGGAUUUUUAGCGAAGGUGAUUACUGUGAUGACGACGGUGGCUGUGACAUACGUCCUCGGAGACCCUGUGUUUGGAAUGUUUCAAUAUCCUGAUUGGAUAUACGAGGCGCGCGUCGCAAACGGAACUCACGUAUGA